CACAUCAUUAACUUUAAAAAGCGAGUCUAAUUUUUUAGGUUGGAUAAUAAUGUUCAAUUCAUAUUUAUCCGUCUAUGUUUACUUAUAGUAACUUAAUUUUCUCUCCAUGUGGAUAAAGAAGAGAAGGGUGUGAUGAAUCUAAUUCCAGCAUCGUGGAAGAUACUAUGGGAUGUGUGGGAUGUUCGGAUACUGGUUCUACUUAGUCUCACUUUACAAAUCAUUCUUUUCGUCUUUGGCAAACGUAGAAAGAAUAUAGCGUCCCAAGGGAUUAAUGUGAUUGUUUGGUUGGCCUACAUAAUGGCCGAUUCGGUGGCAACUAUUGCCCUCAGCAAGCUCUCUGAUACCCAAAAUAACAUUCCUAAUCUCAAUAAUGCAUUACAUGCAUUAUGGGCACCCUUACUUUUAUUGCAUCUUGGUGGCCCAGAUACUAUAACUGCUUAUUCAUUGGAAGAUAAUCAAUUGUGGAUAAGGCAUUUUUUGGGCAUGGGUAUUCAAGCUUCUGUAGCAAUUUAUGUCAUUAUUAUGUCUUGGAGGCAUUUAUGGUUUUCAUUUAUGUUAAUUCCCGCAUUUGUGGCUGGAAUUAUUAAGUAUGGGGAGAGAACAUGGGCUCUUAAGUUAGCAUGCGAUAAUGAAUCAGAAAGCAUUGUACCCUUUUAUUAUGAUCUAUAUGAUCUAUACACAGGUAAACCUGUUCGCCCUAUCAAACAAGAUGAGAGAGAUGAAUUUUUAGGUAUGGCCUGCAUGCUGGUGGGGGCAUUUAAAUUUUAUAUAGAGAAUUAUGACAUUGGUAGAUAUCAAUUCAUGGAAAGUUUGCCGAACGGAAAUUUUAUGAAUGCAAUGAAUCUGGAUGAUGAUACAUAUACUGGGGAUAUAUUGGAGGUUGAAAUGGGGCUCAUGUACGAUUUGUUAUACACAAAAGCACCCAUAACAUUUACCAAGAGAGGGUGCAUUUUUCGCUCUAUCAGCUUCAUGUGUACGGUGUCUGUGUUGGUAGGACUCUUCCGGCUUAUCGCCAUGGAAUUGAAGUGGCACGAGCAGCACUACUCCAUGGUUGAUAUUGUCAUCACAGGGGUACUAUUGGUCGGAGCUCUAGCUUUGGAGAUUUAUGCAGUCAUUUUGUUAUUAUUCUCUGAUUGGGCGAUGCUUUGGCUAAUUAAGUGCCGCAGAGGCAAAUUGGCAAUCCGAUUGUUGCAGAAAUUUCGUUGGUUUUUUGAAAAGAAGAAGUGGUCUAAAAAGAUGGGGCAAAUUGGUCAAUUCGAAGGGGAAGACAAUCUUCCAAAUUGGUACAGGCGUAGUAUCCCUCGGACGCUAUUUCCCAUGAUUGUAAAAUUUAUUAAGAGUGCCGCAGCUACAGACAACUCAAUUGACCUUGGGGGGCUUAAGCUGUUCAUUGGCUCUACAGCUUUUCAUGACCAAAUUCUUAUUAUGCACACCAUAACAAAUAUAUGCUACCGUGAUGAUGAUACUAGUAAGUCAGAGUCAGAUUUAGAGUCGGUUGCAUGCACUUCCCAAAAUAGUGCUAACUCAUGUGGACAUCAUGAUGACAAGGAAAUAUGCAAAACUCUAUCAAAUUACAUGAUGUAUCUACUCCUCACCUGCCGUUCGUUGUUGCCUGUUGUUGUAUCAAAUGAUCAGUUGAAGAAUUUCAUACGCGAUGCCCGUGCUGGUUUCAGAAAAAUAAAAGGACAAGAACGUGAAGGAAGCAAAUUUUCUCCCUCGGAUAUGACAAGAAUUUGUAUUAAUAUGACAAGAAACCCUUCUAGUAGAAUACCUAAAGAACAAAGACGCAAGAUGAAUUUGUCCUUACAAGGCGUGAUUUGUGAACUCGUCGACGAAGGUAAUAAGAAGGAGAAAUGGAAAAAAUUGAAAAAUGUGUGGUUGGCGAUGUUAUGCUACGCUGCAAUUAAUGGUCCAAAAAAUGACCAUCUUCAAAAGCUUAGAGACGGAGGUGAGCUCCUCAACUUGGUUUGGUUCCUUAUACCGCAGUCUCGUAUGUUUUAUGAUGUCAACACCUUCACUUUAAACGACUUCUUCAAAAAGUAUUUUUAAUCAAUGGCGGAUGUCGGAAGGGAGAGGCCACUAUAAACGAAGGCUCUUAAACCAAAAAAAAUAGUUUAUUUGCAUUGGUAAUAUUUUAUUUUGUAUAUUUUGGUUGUUUUAUAAAAUUAAAAGAUCCCUUUAAAUGAAAAAAAAAAUGUUCAAUCAAAUAAUAAUAUUAUGUUAUUGGUUUCUUUAUUCAAUAAUAUCCUGUCAUUUACCUUUU